AGAGCUCUGCAGUCAGAGAAAAAGUACAAGGUCACCUCUCUUCUUAUCAGAUGGGUAAGAAAAUGUACCUCAGGCACCCAAAGCAAUACUCAUGCACACAAUGCUAACUUGGUAUAUAAUUAUAAAUAUUUCGAAGUUAUUUUAAUCAAAACAUUCAAUGUCCUCAUUAGUUAGUAAUGAUUGUCAGACUACUCAUCAAGUUAGGAUUGUGGACUUUUUAUAUAGAGUCAUUUUCUAUCAGAAGCAGCACUUCAUAGCAGCACUAAGACUACACAAGCUGGUGCAAUCAGAGCAACAGCAAAAAUACGCUGUACCAUUUCCCCUGUGUCCAGAGGUGAGAUCUAAGGAAAAGGAAACAAUGUAGUGAGAAAUGGUUAACCUAACAAAGUAACAUCAAAACAAUCACACACAAUGUUUAUUCAGCCUGACUUUUGUAUUUGUUCUCUGGCUAAUUAUAGAGAUCUCUGGUGGGAUGGGAGUCUAUCUCUGACCACUGGGCCAACAGGAAGGAAGAGACAGCGAACAACCUAAAAAAAAAAGUAUUUGUUUUUGUCUGCAUCUGUCCAGUGAUUUCCCCUCCAACUUGUACAUGCAUUAAGGGGGCUAGUUAUAGCACAGUAGAAUCUAACUUGCUGCUAAUCACUUAAGCCAACAACAGUAAUGCAAAAAAAAGCUGUGGCUCAAAAGGCAUUUUCCUCAGAAACUACAAUCAUAAAGGAGCAUUUGUUCUUUGUAUAACAUCAUAUCAGAUGAUACACACAAGUGGGAAAACGUGUCAUGAGUUAAACAAAUAGAAAAAGAAGAAAACUAAGAAAAGAAAAAACAUGUGUGCUGGAUAACUUGUGUUGAAGUGGAUGGUUUCCAUCUUGGAACACAGUAUACAGUUCAAGUAACAGAUUAAUGAUCUAUGUGCUGUAUAAUGUAAUAGUGUUGGAAGAACAUUCGUACAUUUUUACUCAAAACAGAUGCAGACACUGACAAUAUUCCAAAAGUACAAUACAGCAAUCAUUGUUCAUCUCCAUAACCAGGCUGACAAACAUUACCUUCCCCAAAUAAAAGCCAUAUCACUUAUUAUAAAACAGAAAUUAUAUUGAACCCCCCCCCCAAAAAAAAAAAAAAAUCUAUACACAGUGUAAUUUGUUAAUGGGUCAAAGCUGUUAGUCUAGAACAUAUGCCCCUCCCCACUGACUCAGUGGGCAGUUCCUGACGCAGGCAGAGGGGAAUUCAGCUUUCAGGCCGAGACAGGAAACGUGCUCACUGAACCAUACAAACAGACAAACGGUCCACAUACAGUAGUGGGAAGCAGAGCUUGAGUACACAUCGUUAUCAGUAUUCUUGGUUGUGCUGCAGAGAUGCAUAACAGCAAAUUCCAGUGGUGGACCACUCCUACAUUUACUGAAGUAGCUGACAAGAAGCAACGCUGAGAGGGGUGAAAUCCAGCAACCGUUAAAAACUCUCUAUCAGAGAGCAAUAUGGCUGACCUUCUACCUGGACUACUCAUUUGUCUAAUGGCAGUGCAGACCAUUCAGCAUGACAGGAAUACAAGCAGGACCAACACUGAUAAACCACCAGGUGUGAUACCAAAAACUUUCAAGGGGAGGAUUUCCAAAUUCAACCACACAAACCAGCAGCCGAACACACUGCAACCAGAUGACGCUGCGACAGCCUACAUCACAGGGGUCCUCAGUACCUGGGCCAUACCUUCAUCUUACAUACUGGCCAUGCUGGUGGGUAUCCCCUCCAAUGCCUACAUUCUGACCUUCCUCAGAGUGAGACUCAGAGCCAAGUCCUUGUCCACAGUAAUUCUUUACCUGAACCUAGCCUGCUCCGACCUGCUCCUUCUGUUUUCCCUGGUACUGCGGGUUCACUACCACUUCAACGGAAACAACUGGAUUUUCGGGGAAAUCUCCUGCCGGCUAAUCACAGCCUUGUUUUAUGGCAAUGUUUACUGUUCAGCUCAGACUAUAGCAUGCAUCAGUCUGAAGCGGUACCUGGCUGUGGUCAGACCGUUCUUGUACAGAAGACUUGCUAAGACGACACUGGCAGUGUGGACUUGCUUGAUUGUGUGGUUCCUGUUUGGGGCUGCAAUUGUGCCUGAGCUCCUGGUCAGGCAGAGCUAUCAGGUUACUCAGCUGGGGGUUACCACCUGCCAUGAUGUUCUUCCCCUAGAGGAAAAAUCCCAUUCCCCGCUGGUGACAUACAGGCUCAUGUUGGUUUUUCUGGGCUUCAUAGUGCCCUUCCUGAUUUGUAUCUAUGCCCAUGUAGCAGUGGUAUACCACCUAGGGCAAUCUGGUUGUGACUGGAGACCAUUUAUCAGGGUCAGCACUCUGGUUUUCAUCAUCUUUGUGGCAUGUUUCUUGCCUAGUGGCAUCUUGCACAUCGCCCACUACAUCCGCCUGUUUUCCAGCGGGGACGACAGACUAUACGGAUACUACAGAGUAGCAGUGUGUCUCUGCUGCUUCCACAGUUGUCUGGAUCCCUUCCUGUGUAUGCUCAUUUCUAAGACAGCAGCCUCCGAACUACAAUUCAUCUCUUUCCGUGGGAUACCUCAGAGGCUGGCUGUUACGACGUGAUUAGACUAAAUGUGCAUGCACAGAAAAAGUAUCGCCUUGCUGAACCAUUGUUGGGACACAGCAGGGAAGCACAAGUCCAGAAACAAUGGUGUGAAAGUUCAAACUGGACACUGUGCAUUUAACAGGGUAAAGGGUAAAUCUCUGCAAGGUCCACAAUAACAUUUGAAACAAAGUGUUUUCACAUCUUUGUAUGAGGAAAGGACUGUGUAAUGUAUACAAGCUUCUCGUCAACCCAGACAAAUCUUAGAAAUGGAAACUGGUGACACAAAGUAAGAAUAUGUUGACAACAGAUAAUCUAUCCUCAAUUGUUCCAUGAUAAGGGGCAGUAACAAUACAAAAUAAGACAACAGUCAUCUAAACAUUUACUCUUGUCCUUCUAGUUUAUCAUUACAUGAAUAAUAUGUACAUUAUAAUGUCUAAAUCAACAUUAAGAUUUAUAAUAAAAAUUAUAAUAUAAAUAAUAAUAUAAUUAUAUAUAUUUUUUAAUGUAUGUAACUCAUGAUGAGCA